AUAUGUUUAUGCCGCCAGGUCACAUUAGAGUGCAGCUAACUACUAGCUGCUCUUUCACAACCCUGCUUGAAAGACAUGUCAGCUAUGCAACGAGUGUUGUGGUUCCUCCUUAGCCCUGCAGCCCUAGCAUUUUCCCAUUUAGGGCCGUUGUCUCCACCAACGGUGGCAGCUGCCUCCUCUGAUAUGAUGUUGUCACCCAUGCCUGCUCCGCGACCAGAAUGCCCUAGCAUGUGUGGUGGUGUGCACAUUCCCUAUCCAUUCGGCAUUGGCAUCAACUGUUCUUGGCCAGGUACAGAGGAGAACGGCUUUACGGUGACUUGCAACAAUAGCUUUAGCCCUCCAAGACCUUACCAGGGCUCUUUCGAGAUCAUCAGCAUAACAUUGGAGGCUUGCGAGUUGCGCGUCUUCUCCCCCGGCGCCUCGCAGAUCUGCUACAACUCGUCCAACCAUUUUGAGUCCAUCAGCUGGAGGUUCGAUUUUGCUGUGCCACCAUUUUUGAUCUCACAGAUGCGCAACACCUUUACGGCCAUUGGAUGCAACACACUGGCUUUUCUUGAUGGUGGAGAGGGAGGGAGCUACUUCACCGGCUGCAUCACCUCAUGCAAGAGCUUGCAUGAGGCGGCUCAAGAUGGCGAGGAGUGCACGGGUCUUGGCUGCUGCCAGAUGCCCAUCCCGACCAACCUCAGCACGAUUCAGGUCUCUUGGGGGCACAACGAAACGUAUACCCGCUUCAAUCCUGCAUGGAGAUACAGCCCCUGUAGCUAUGCCUUUGUCGCCGAGAAAGGCUGGUACCAUUUCAGACGGAGAGACCUCGCUCGCAUCGCAAACAAGAGCUUUACUGACCGUGUUGGAGACAGAACCAUUCCUGUCGUGCUUGACUGGGCCAUCAGGAACAAUGGUUCUUGCAGUAUCCAACCGGAAGACAGUGGAGAGUCAGCAAAACCGGUAGCUUCUGCCUGUGUGAGUGCUCACAGCUACUGUGUCAACGCCACUCAGGGUUCUGGAUACCUAUGCCAGUGCUCCAAAGGAUACAGGGGCAACCCUUAUGUCACUGGUGGAUGCACAAAUAUUAACGAGUGUGAGCUUCGAAAAUCAAAUCCGGCGAAAUACGAAAAACUAUAUCCUUGUUACAGCGGUAGCAUAUGCCAUGACACAGAGGGUGAUUACAUGUGCAAGUGCAAAUUCGGUUUCAGAGGAGAUGGUAAAGUUAACAAAGGAUGUCAGCUCAUAGUACCAGAAUAUGCAAUCGCGAUAGUUGGAACAUUUGCUGCUUGUGUCCUUGCAUUUUUGGUGAUUUUGGAGAUCAAGAGACGGAGGCAGAAGAAGUUUUUCGACAAGAACGGUGGCAAAAUACUGCAGGGCAUGGGCAUCAACAUCUUCACGGAGAGCCAGCUGAAGAAGAUCACAAACCGCUACAGCACGCCCAUCGGCGAGGGCGCCUUCGGCAAGGUCUUCCUGGGUGUCAUCGACGCCGCUAACCGUGUCGCCGUCAAGCGCUCCUGCGCGAGAGGCGAGGCGCUGCGGCAGGAGGACUUCGUGAACGAGAUCACCGUGCAAUUCCGGAUCAGCCACGCCAACCUGGUCCGCCUCGUCGGCUGCUGCCUGGAGACGGACAUCCCCAUGCUGGUCUUCGAGUUCGUCCCCAACGGCAGCCUCCACAACGUGCUCCACGGCGCCGGCGACGGCAAACCGUGCGGCCGCCUGCCGCUGCCGGUGCGCCUGGACAUCGCCAUCGGCUCCGCGGAGGCUCUUGCCUACAUGCACUCGCACGGUGGCCACAACCACGUCCACGGCGACGUCAAGUCCGGCAACAUCCUCCUGGACGAGGACCUCGCGCCCAAGGUGUCCGACUUCGGGUCCUCCAAGCUCGUGUCCAUCGCCAUGAACGGCAACUGGUCCGUGGCCGGGGACAUGAACUACAUCGACCCGGUGUACAUCAAGACGGGCCGGUUCACGGAGAAGAGCGAUGUAUACAGCUUCGGCGUCGUGCUGCUGGAGCUCAUCACCAGGAAGACGGCCAAGUACGACGGGUGCCGGAGCCUCCCCAUAGACUUCGUCAUGGCCUGCAAGGACCAAGCCAAGAGGCGAGGGAUGUAUGACAGAGACAUCUUCUUGUGUGAAGACGAUGGUCGAUCUGAUGUUUACAUGGAGUGCCUUGACAUGGUUGGGGAGAUCGCGGUCAGAUGUCUCAAGGAUGAUGUGGAGGAGAGGCACACCAUGGCAGAGGUGGUGGAGGAGCUCAAUCAAGUGAAGUCAAUCGCUUGUGGAGGCCUAUAUGUUGUCAGGCAAGUUGUGAAACCUACGCCGUCAAGCUAAGCUAGAUACUUGGUACUAGCACCCAGUAUCAGCACGUACGUUGUCUGUUUAUUAUCAUUGUCAAGAUGAUUGUAUGACGAACUACGUAUGCACGUUGUGUGUGUGUGUGUGUGUUUUUUUUUGAGGGAAAUGCACGUUGUGUGUGUUCUCCUGUAUUUCAGUUUGUAUGGGAACAUAUAUAAUUGUUGGAAUUACAUGGGCUUAGUGUUGGCACAAA